AUGCAUACCGUAAAGAUGAUCCCUUUCGCUCGUGCUUCUGCGCUGUAUUUCCUUGCCAUCGGCUUGGCCGACGGGACGGUGCUACUUUACAGGCAUCCGGACCAGUCGCUGUCUUCCACAACGUCCCUGACUACACUCCCUAAUACACGCAUCAUCCAUGAAUCAUCCCCUGAAUCUAUCACUGGCCUUAGUUUCCGAGAAUUUCCGAGUCCCACUAAUGCCAAUGCUAAGGACAACAACUUGCACCUUUUCAUUGUGACCACGAACUCGGUAUACUUGUACCACGUGUCCGGCAAAGGGAGUAGAGGAUCCAGCGUGUUACUAGACGAUAUUGGAUGUGGACUGGGAUAUGUGGUGAUGGAUUGGCGCGCCGAGAAGAUCGUGCUUGCGAGAGAUGAGGAAGUAUAUGCGUAUGGUUUGCAGGGGAGGGAGCUGCCAUAUGGUUAUGAAGCACGAGUGGCAGGUGGAGAUGGAGAUACGUCGAGGGUGACUGUGUUUGACAUGGAGAAUAAGGCUCUAUACCCACUUGCACUGAGUCUCGCGCAGACACAACACCUUGGCGAGAGCUACGUGAUAUUCACCGUCAGCACGAAAGGAGAUUGGGAUGGCGCGAUGACGUACUAUCUGAAGACGAUAGAUUGGUUGAAACCGAGCUAUGUCGUUAGGAAAUCCAUGGACGCUCAGCGCAUUCACAACCUCGUUACCAAUCUACAAGACCUACAUGCCCUUGGCCUCACAAACGCUGAUCAUAGCACUCUUCUGCUAAAUAACUACAUCAAACUCAGAGACGUUGCACGCUUAGACAGUUUCGUUCAAACAGAGUCUCGACGCUCUGGUGCGGCAGAGUCGAAUGGCGACCUUUCAUUUGACCUGGACUACAUUUGGGAGCAGCCGCGGCGGAAAGCAACCUCACCAGAUAAUCUCCUAGAGGAGACAACGCAGCUUCUUAUUGGGCUUUGCACCGGUUCUGGAUCCUUCACCAUCCCCGAAACAGAGGACACCACUCCACAACAAUCGAGCACAGCAGCAAACCCCCUAUCGUACCUUGCCCUCUCCCGUGCACCCGCACCUGAAGAUACAGUUGAGGAAUCUGAAGCGGACAAAGAGGAGGACGUUACAGAGCCUUAA